AUUAAUAUCAAUAGUUGAUCAUCUGCAACUGAUUCAUGUAAGCAUAAUCACAGUGGCUAUGGUUUGCGAUCACCUUGAUAUACCUGGGUGGUGGUGGUGCAGCCACAGCUUGAAGGCCCUUUGCUGCAGGGUUAACAGACAUCUGCAUAGCGUAUCUCUUCGCAUUCCUGUACCUAAGUACCGUUGACAAGUCAUUGUUCGAUACUGGAACAAUGACGGGAGGAGACUUCCGUCAACGACGCUACGCGACUAAAUAGUGGCUGCGCCACAUUUGCGAAGCUGCUGCCUACUUGUUCACAUAAACUUCAUCGCAGCUGUUCAGGUCUUUCUCAAACCAUUGCCAGCAACACAGGAAGGACAAAACAAGUCUGGGGUACGAACAGAUCCAACGCACUGCAAUGGCAAAUUUUGGAGCUCGUCACGCAAUCUGCGAAGACACCAUCGCGCGAUCCCCAUCUAUUGCAGCAUCAACAACAGGCGGCUCCCUCACCAGCUACUUCAUCCCCUCCCAACUCCCGCCUCUCUCUAAAACAUCACCCAAAUACCCAAACCUUGCCCCGCAAACACCUCCAGCAAUUUACAACAGCGACUCCUUCGCCCUCGCGAGAAUAAUCCCCGGUAGCGGAAAAAUCGGGGUCCUAAACCUAGCCUCCGACAUAGAACCAGGCGGCGGCUGGCGCUACACGCUUUCGCGAACGCAAGAAGAGGCCUUGUGCUACUCUAGCACGCUGUACGCUACUUUGAAGCCGGAAUGGUACCCCUGGCCUAAUACGGGAAAAGGGUCUAUUGCAGGCGUCAUGUCCCCCAACGUGGUCGUCUUCAGGGACACGCUAGAUAAUGGGCUCGCCGAGUUGCCUGUAGAUCAGCGCCAUGUCGUGGCUGUCAUGACGGUUGCGGCGCCGUGUCUACCCGCUGUUACGGAGGGAAGAAAAGAUUUCGUUAAGAUGGAGGAUUUGGAGAAUCUGAGGGAGAAGAUUCUGUUGGUAUUGAGGAUGGCUGCGGGAGAAGGAGUUACGAGGCUGGUGCUGGGUGCUAUGGGUUGCGGUGCUUAUAGGUGUCCGCCUCGAGUUGUUGCAAAGGAGAUGAAGAUGGCUUUGGAGAGUGAGGAGUUCGCAGGAUGGUUCGAGAGUAUCGCUUUUGCUGUCUAUGCUGCUGGACCAAUCGGGCAGAAGAACCUGGAGGUUUUUCGGGAAGUCUUUGUAUCUGAAGUCAUGUGAGUGCUAAUGCGCGUACUUGCCAUGCUUGUAAUAUAGUCAAAACUUGGCUCGCUUGCACUAAAGGUUAUGGGACAAGUCUGUAAGAAUAAAGUUUGAUGAAACCUGCAACUAUAUGUUGUCUAAAGAU